AAAAAAAAAAAGGAUUUCUAAUAAAAGAAAAAGAAAAUCGUCCGACACAUCAGUCCUCUUUUCUUCUACUCUUCUUCUCCUUCUCCUUCAUCGAGGCCUCUUUAAUCGAUGCUUUCCACUCUACAAGCUCUAAAACCUUAAACCAACUCUACGGGUCAUCUCAAAACCCGUUUACUACUACCGUCUCAAAACUGAACCUUUUCUUUCUUUUUUUUUUUUUUUUUUUCUUUUUGAGUUAAUCGGGUACAAAGAUUCUGAUGCCAAAAAGAAUAAAAAAUAAUUAAAAAAAAAACCACACCAGUUGUGAAGCAAACCGCUUUGACAUUUUGAUUUCAAACGUGGGUUUUGUCAAAUGUAGUGCUUGUUUGGACUGGUGAAUAAGGAGUUCAGAGCAGUUGUUUGAGAAUGGUGAGGCGUCAUGGAUGGCAACUGCCUGCUCACACAUUUCAGGUUGUGGCUAUUACCGUUUUCUUUUUGCUAUCUGUUGCAUAUUAUGCCUUCUUUGCUCCCUUUCUUGGAAAAGAUAUCUAUGAAUAUGUGGCUAUUGGUGUCUACUCUAUCAUGGCGCUCUCAGUUCUCAUUCUUUACGUUCGAUGCACAGCUAUUGAUCCUUCUGAUCCUGGAAUUCUCCUUGAAGUUGAUAAGACAUCAGCUUAUAAAUCACAUAAUGAAAUGGAUCUGCCUGGGAAUGCAUCUUCUACUGAAGAGCCUAGCAAGAUAGGAAUCAUAGGACUAAAGUAUGGAAGACAAUCUGAUAGGCAUGGUUCAAGAUGGUGUUCCAAACUUGGAGGUUUCUUUUGUGCUUGUCUUGUUAGUGAAGAUUGCCGCAAAGAUGAAGACCUUUUGCGGCAACAAGCUGGAGAAGAAGAUGCUUUAUUCUGCACAUUGUGUAAUGCAGAGGUGCGCAAAUUCAGCAAGCAUUGCAGAAGUUGUGAAAAAUGUGUUGAUGGAUUUGAUCAUCAUUGUCGAUGGUUGAAUAAUUGUGUGGGAAGGAAAAAUUACAUCACUUUUGUGUGCUUGAUGGCAGCUAGCCUUGUUUGGCUUAUUGUUGAAUUUGGAGUUGGCAUUGCUGUCCUUGUUCGAUGCUUUGUUGAUAGAAAAGGUACAGAAAGUGAGAUAACCGAGAAGCUUGGAGUUGGAUUCUCCCGCCCCCCCUUUGCUACUGUGGUGAUUCUCUUGGUAUUGAGAAGCAAAAGCUUCCUAGUUCUAAAGAGCGAAUCAUUGCGGUUGGUGUUUCAAAAUGUUUUGUUAAAUGCUUCCAGUUUCUCAGAGGCCCUCUGCACAGCUGUUUCUUUUCUUGCCACUGUGCCCCUGGGAGAACUAUUCUUUUUCCAUAUAAUUUUGAUUCGGAAGGAUAUCACAACAUAUGAAUAUGUUGUUGCAAUGAGAACACAAAGUGAACCACCUGGACAGUCUGCUGAUGGUGGAGAUCAGCAGAGUAUGCCAUCGUCACCUACCAGUUCAGCUCUGACUGCGAUAAGUGGAAGAAGCUCUCUUGGAAUGAGCUUGCAAUACAAAGGCGCUUGGUGUACCCCACCAAGAAUCUUCAUGGACCACCAGGAUGAAAUCAUCCCACAUUUGGAGCCAGGGCGCUUACCAUCUACAGUAGAUCCGGAUGUGGUACCGCCACCAGACAAGGAAAAAAGAUUACCCAAACGCCCAGUCAGAAUUAGUGCAUGGUCACUUGCAAAAUUGGAUUCCAAUGAGGCGGUUAAAGCAGCUGCCAAAGCUAGAGCUACUUCAUCUGUUCUUCAUCCAAUAGGCUCUCAACCUCAUUCAUACAAUGUUGAUCAACUAUCUAGUAAUAAUGUGAGUGGAAGAAGCAGUCCCAUCAGUACUGAUCAUGGGUUUCAGAGUAAAAAUGCUAGAGCGGCAUUGAGCUCAUAUCCUUCAAGUUGUGCUAACAGAGAAGAUGCAAAAUCAUGUGGCCACAGUGUUGGCAACAUCAGCAGUCCUUAUCUUUCCAGCAUAACCCCCUCUACAAUGGCACAGCAAGAUUCAAAUAGAGAGCAUUUCAACCCCUUGUACCAAAUGUCAGCCAAUCAAUCUCCUUGCUCAACUAAACAAAGUGAAGGGAAUGAAAAUGCUGCUGAAUAUCCUUUCAGAAAAAAUUCUAGUGCUACAGAAAGCUCGAGAACUUCAGUUUUUUGGGAUCCAGAAGCUGGGCGCUUUGUGUCUUCCUCUUCCAGAAAUGCUGGUUCUUUGCAGGUUCCUGGAACAGAGCUUUUAUAUAGUGGCCAAUCGAUAUUUUUUGGUGGUCCUCUUAUGAAUGAGCACCUUAGCAGAGGAACAAGGAGUAGUGGUUCAUUGUCUGUUGGCUUGGAUAGAGGUUCUACAUCGAGUCAUUAUCAGCAGGGAAGAUCACAGAGAGCUUGUGGAUAUCUGGUGCAUGCAGGGCUUAGGUACCAAGCUUUAAAGCAAUUUAGUUGUCAAUCCGAUCAAAGUGAUCGUAAUUUGGUUUACAAAAUCAAACAGUUACUUGGGAAGGGGCAUGACCUCGUUAUCCAAAGAGUUUUCACUGUUGUUAGUUACCAUUUGAUUAUAGGAUUUUUAAUUUCAUUUUUUGAUGACGAUAAUCAGAAUGUACAAGACAAUAUAUAGACUAGCUUUCAACUCACUGGUGAUCUUUUAGUUUACAUCUUAUGGUCUUUUGUGUUAAUUUUGCUGUUCUCUCCCAACUCCAGGAAACUAGUACUGG